AUGCAUGAGAGAACUCAAUCCCUCGCCCUCGCUGUCAGCUCCUCAAUCUGUCUCCUUCCUCCCUUGAUUAAGUUGAAGCAAGCAGGCAUGAGUGAGCUCAAGCCCUCACGGCCACGCCGCCGCCGCCUCGACCUGUCUCCUUCUAGCCAAGCCUCUUGCUCUCCUACUUCUUCCAUACAUCGGGACGACAAGACCAGCGGAGCAAAGUCUCUUUCCGUCGAUACUCCUGAUUCUCUUUAUGAAAGAGAUCUGGUAGAGGGAGCUGGUAAAGUUAGCCGAGGUGGAGGAAGCUUCAAAAACCACGAGUCCAGUUUGGUGGUAGAGCAGAGGUCUAGUCCAGUGAGAAGAGAGGCAGUCAACAGGUCACCGUUUGCAAUGAAGUCACAUGAAAAUGGAGAGAUUGAUUUGGAAGAUGGAAAGUCAGAAAAGCCUGUAGAUAAGGUUAUACGCAGUAACAAACUUAUGGUGCAUAAUCAGGCUUUAUUAGCUGGCCUAGCAUAUUGUAUUUCUUCCUGCAGCAUGAUACUGGUCAACAAAUUUGUGCUUUCCAGCUAUAACUUCAAUGCUGGUAUAUCUUUGAUGUUGUACCAGAACUUUAUUUCAGUAAUCAUUGUAUCAACGUUGAGCUUCCUGGGUAUAAUCUCAACAGAACCACUAACAUGGAGACUAAUCAAAGUCUGGUUGUCUGUUAAUGUCAUAUUUGUCGGAAUGCUCAUAACAAGCAUGUUUAGUUUGAAGUAUAUCAAUGUCGCCAUGGUCACAGUUUUGAAGAACGUGACUAAUGUUAUCACUGCAGUAGGCGAGAUGUAUCUAUUCCAGAAGCACCAUGAUAAUAGAGUGUGGGUGGCUUUAUUCUUAAUGAUUGUUUCAGCCAUUUCUGGAGGCCUCACCGAUCUAUCUUUUCAUGCCGUUGGCUACACAUGGCAAAUCAUAAACUGCUUUUUGACUGCAUCAUAUUCGCUCACUCUACGUAGGGUGAUGGACACUGCAAAGCAACUUACCAGAUCUGGGAACCUAAACGAGUUCUCAAUGGUCAUGCUCAACAACACUCUUUCUCUUCCCCUGGGCCUUGUUCUCAUAUUUGUAUUCAAUGAGGUGGACUACCUCACCACAACUCCCCUUUUGAGAUUACCAGUCUUCUGGCUAGUAAUGACAUUGAGUGGGUUCCUGGGUCUUGCUAUCAGCUUCACUUCUAUGUGGUUUCUUCACCAGACUGGGGCUACCACAUACAGCCUAGUUGGAUCGUUGAACAAGAUUCCUCUAUCUCUUGCUGGCAUCCUGUUGUUUAAAGUACCUACAAGCUUGGAGAACUCUGCUAGCAUCCUCUUCGGUUUGGUGGCUGGAGUAUUCUUCGCCAGGGCAAAAAUGCGUGAGAGACCGUAGUUUGGUGACAGAAUCUGGCAAAAUCGCUGAUGUAUACAAAGUUUGGCAUCUCCACCUUAGCUCAGGGAAGUGCAUGAAACCCUGCUAACUUCGAGAACCACCAGUCCAAAUAGAUUUUGUUCACUUAUUUACCAGGCACCGCCAUCUCGGUCAUCUGCUACUACGCCUUUAUACUUCUGCAACACAAUGGGAGGUCUGUAUUCUAGCUUUACCGCCAUCCAUUUUGCUUGUGAAAUUUGGUGUAUUCAUCUGUGUAUUUUUGUUGGGCAAGACGCCCAUUACAUCUUCCCUUUGAACUGGUAGCUACGUGCUUUUAGGAGACUAUGAUCAAGUUUGAGAAUGGCCACCAUGUAUGAUGAAUGAUCAGAUCUUUUAAUCCAACGAACUAAAAACGAAUAAACAACACACUGCAUAUCACGAUAAUCUCUGCUUCUUCUCAUUCACGAUACGAAAGAUACAAUGAUAAAAUUAUCUAUACAUCAGCUGGGUAUAGGUGUGAUAAAAGUUGGUGGCAAUCGAGCAAAACUUGGUUAGCCUCAAGACGCAGAGUUCUCGGCUGCAGUUGAAGAUUCUUCUGGCUGGAUCUCUGACUUAACCUCUACCUGAGGAGCUUCUGAUGCAGCGGAAUCUGUUUCUGUUGCAGCAGAUUCUGUCUGCACAGGUGGCGUAGCAGACUCCGGUUCCGUCGGCACCGCCGCCGCUUGGACGACCUCCGGUGGCUUGUACUUGUUGAUGUAGUAUGUCAAAGAUGGACCGUUGUAUUGAGCUGUCUGCACUUGAGGCGGUGGUGCGUUCUUGUUGACCUGAAGCAGAAUCGACGAAGCUGCAGCGAUGGCAAUCAGGGCAAGUCCGCCGGAGAUUGCAGCUGUGUUUUCUGCACCGCUGGAUGAAGAACCUGCUGCCCCGGAACUUAUAGCGCUCUCGGCUACAUAAACCGUCGGCUCGACGGGGUAGAUAUUGGUCUGGCCGGCGGUAUCUUUCUCGACGUAGCCUGUGUAUUGCCGACCACCGCGAGUGCGAGGUGGGAAUGUGCCCACCACUUUGGUUUUCUCCUCGGCCUUCCACUCCAUGCUUAUCUUCCCAACCUAACGAAUCCCAACCCACAGACCACAAACAGCAAUCGCUGAAUCGCAUCAGCCACUAAAUUCUCUGCUAGACAAAAUAACAAACACCUCACAGGCACGAACGAGAGAAGCACAAAAAACUGCAGACUUGUUUUGCGAAAGAAGGGAUAAAUUAUCGAUUUUGGAUAGAGCCCAACUCUCACCUCCUUCUCAGGAGCACAUUCUUCGGUGUUGCAAUCGGAAUCGACCUCGGAAGAAGAAGCUCGGACGGUGAAAAGCUUCGAACUUGGCCGCCUGCCGCUCUGGAAUCUGGGCCAUCCCCUGUUUGAAGCUGUGAAGGAGCAGGCGUUGGCUGAUGAUAUGAUUGCCUGGGAAGAAGAAGCGCUUGCCAAAGCCAUGACCUUUCUCCCUCUCUCCCUUCCUAGACUUCACCUCGACAGUCCGAUAGGAAUUGAUUCAACAGCUGGACUGGCAGAAAUGAACGGGGGAAAUCGAAACCCCACUCCAGCGAUCUGAGAGAGAGAGAGAGAGAGAGGGUCCUUCCAGUUUUCGGAUUGAGGUGGGAAGUUUGUGUGGUGCGAAAUGGAAGCGUAGCAAGUGGCUUGCGUGUCACGUCCUAAGUAAGUUGAAACUUGAGAAACCAUGGUUACGUCUUGGGCUUCUUAGGAUU